AUGCACUUCUUCGGUGGUGGUGGUGGAGGAGGUUUCCCAUUCGAUGACUUUUUCAGCCAUCAGCGCAGAGAAGAGCCUGAAGAAGAAGUGGACAGCACCCGUUUCUACACUUUAUUAGGCGUUGAUAAGUCUACAUCCUGUGCUGAUAUCAAAAAAGCUUAUAGACAGCUUGCAAAAACAAAGCACCCUGAUAAGGGUGGAGACCCUGCAGAAUUCCAAGAAAUUACACAUGCUUCCGAAAUCCUUUCUGAUCCAGAAAAAAGAAAAGUUUAUGAUCGGUAUGGAGAGAAAGGAAUAAAUCAAGGAAUGAGUGGAGCUGAUACUGAAGCCUCCAGCAUUUUUGACUUGCUUUCGGGAAGAGGAGGAAGGAGAAGAGAGCAGAGUGGGCCAAGAAGAGGAGAAGAUGCAACACAUACAUUGAAAGUAGGCUUGGAAGAGAUUUAUAAUGGAGCUACAAAGAAAAUUGCAAUAAAUAGAGAUAGGGUUUGCCAAGAAUGCAAUGGCGAAGGAGGGAAAAAUGCAAAAACUUGCAGCGGCUGCAAAGGUAGAGGAAUGGUAAACAAGCUCCAAAUGAUUGGUCCUAAUAUGUACACACAAUCAGUAGGUCAAUGUGACGACUGUAAUGGCACCGGAAAAACUUAUGAUGCCAAAAACCGCUGCAAAACCUGCAAAGGGAAGACCAUCUUCCAAGAGCGAAAAGUCAUUGAAGUGACCAUUGACAAAGGAAUCCCAAAUCACCACAAAUACUCCUUCAUGGGUGAAAGUGAUGAAAAGCCAGGAGUUUUACCAGGAGAUCUUAUAGUGAUCAUUGAAGAAAAGCAUCAUGAAAUUUUCAAGCGAAAACACGCCGACUUGAUUUUCAUAAAAAAAAUCACCAUAAAAGAAGCUCUUACAGGGUAUAAUUUCAAAAUCCCUCAUUUAGAUGGAACCGAGAAACUAAUUGAGUCCGCUCCUUUAGAUAUCAUAAAACCAGGCGAUAUCAGGACUGUAAGGGAUCUUGGAAUGCCAAUUAUGAGGACUCCAUUUAAAUUUGGAAACCUAUUCAUUACUUUCGAAGUAGAGUUCCCAGAACCAAAAUCGUUGUCUCGCCAGCAAAUUAAUGAGCUAAAGAAUUUAAUACCUGGAGAGUCCAUGGAUUUGGACGAAGCUGGAACUGAAAAGCACACAACGAUUGAAUUUGAUAGGACACAUCAAACAGAAAAUGAUGCGAAAAUUCAUUCAGAUUAUAAAGAUGAAGAGGAUGAGGAUUUCAAUGACCCAAGAUUUGCAAGAGCGAGAAAUUGUUCUGGAACGAUAUUUUAG